ACAGUUGCGUUAUCAGUACUGCGUCUGCGUGCAACGUGAUACUUGUGACUGACUGAUUAUUUAUACGAACAGUAAUUUUUCUGCUUAAUUCAGUGGAAAGUGGAAACCGAGAGAACUGUGACAGCAUGGCGGUAGCGCGCAAUAGCAAUCCCGGCUUCAAAGCCGAAUUUAUCGUGCAUGCUCCCACCAAAUCGGACAGUUACGUUUUCGUGGCGGGGAACUGUGAGGAACUGGGUAACUGGAAUCCAGAUGAAGCAGUGCCGUUGAACAAAAUGCUCGACGGGGAGAUAAUCAUUCCUUACCAAAUUCCACGUAUGGGGUUUAUCUGGAGCGGUUCGGUGGAGAUUAAAUCACUGUCCAGCGCGUCCGAACUACGUUUUUAUUACUUCAUCGGCACCAAAAGCAUAGAAACCCACACAGUAUCGGUGCAGCGCGUCGAGGGUCACCAUUCCCCCCGCAUCUACCGUCCGCUGACCGGCGAUCCGGAGACCGACCAGCCGGAUUUGUUCGCCGUCAUCGAUGAGGAGGAGGCAAGUGUCACUGGCUACCUCAGCGACCGCUCUACCAUCAUCUUCACCUUCGACCCUGCCAACAUUGAGUGGAAUAGCCAAAAGUAUUACGAGCGCCAGUUUCGAGUGCGAUUCGAGCACGCCGAACCCGUUAGAUACAACCUCCAGCGCAGACCUGAGUUCAAAGUAGCGCGCUACUUCCGUGAGCGCAACGAGCACGAAUUCCUGCAGCAGAGCAAACACGGACCAUUGAUCGAUUCACAGCCGUUAAUGUACCGCUGCAUUAUGAAUACCCGUGAAGCCUGUCAUGUUCGCGUGGAUUUCUAUGAGGUGAAGAAAAGCGAGGUUACAGGAGUGCCACCAACGUACUUUGCCUAUGCCUUGAUUGGAGGAACCUUGCUGACCAGCAGCCAUGGCUGGCUUACGGUGCCCAUACGGAUACCGGCUCGUAAACAGGUUCUCCGGGUAACUGACUGCGGUCAGUUGAAACUCCAGUACACCGUUGUCAAGUCCUGUCCGUUGCUCGAAAAAGCUGGAGGUCGCAAAUCCAUCUUUCGAUCCCCGGCGUUGGAUUUUCACUGCCAGACCUCCCCUCUCCAUAUUGGACACCGAGGCUGCGGUUCUUCAUAUCACGGACCCAACGCCAAAAACCCGGAAAUCUGCGAGAACACAAUCGCUUCUUUCAGCCGAGCUGCUGCGGCCGGCGCCGACUUCGUGGAGUUCGAUGUGAUGUUCGACGUGGACCUGAAGCCUAUCGUCUACCACGACCACACUGUUCUGGCCCGCAGCCCCGGCGGCACUCUUACUGAACUGGCGGUGAAGGAUCUUACGGAGGACCUUUUGAUUAGCGAUGCCGUCCACCACAUCACGGAAAAGGACGGCCGCCAUCUUUUCCCCAAGACGGGUGCCAAUCGGCCCUUUCCAGCACUAUCCGCCGUCUUUUCUGAGGUGGACCCGGGCGUUGGUUUUAACGUGGAGGUCAAAUAUCCAGCGCAGAUGCUUAACGGUCAGAGCGAACUAAACCCCACCGCCGGUUCAUCCUUCCGCGAAGAGUACCGUGAACUGCGCAUUUCGUUUUGGAACAAAAAUGUCUACGUGGACGGGAUUUUGCAUGUGGUAUUCCAGUGCGCUGGCGACCGGCCGGUGAUCUUCUCCAGCUUUGAUUUGGACGUCUGCAUUAUGUUGCGCUUGAAGCAGAUCGAAUAUCCGGUUUAUUUGCUAUUAAGCAAUGAUCUCCAGAAGGGCUUGGAAUACGAAGACGUCCGCAUUAAUUACUUGAAGCGCGCCGUUUACAGUGCGGCGUCCUUCGAGUUAGACGGAGUCGUCGUUCCGUCGGAGGUGGUCUUUCAGCACAGUUGGUUUGUACCAUUGGUGCGAAAGUUCCGCUUGACAGUGAUCGUAUACGGAGAGGCUAACAACAGUGUGAAGGCCAUUGAGGACAUCAAGGCGACCGGCAUCGUGAAAGGGAUCAUCUACGACCGGAUCUACGAAUUCAUUGAGCAGACAAAGGAAAACCAUCGGUUCAGGAUUAAAGGACCGUGUUUGCCAGCUAAUCAGAUAAACUGCCGGGAUUAUGUGCUGGGCUAUACCGGCUAUGUUCCCGGCCGGUUGAGUAAAAUUGGGGCAGAGUCGGUGCUGAGUGGGAAUGCAAAAAAUUCUCAAAAUCUACAAUGUCGAAAUGUUUGCAAAUAGUCGGCAUUUUUCGAUAUUACUUAUUGGCUGAUGUACAGACUGUUCUUCUAUUCAUUUCCAAGUAGUGUUAAACCAUAGUGAAAAGAUACAUAAUUAUACUUCUUUUCAGUGAUCCUACUUUUCAUAAUAGCCGAAUAACUUGAAUCCUUAUGUAAACAAUCACCUCGACCAAAUCUAGUUUUUAUGAGGGUGCCAAAAAUUAAUACACACAUUCAACCUGUAAGCCUGCACCCUGCACCCGGCUCAACUAGACCGGGCGAAGGUCUGCUAAUGAGAUUUUUGUACCUUAAGUUGGAUUAAGGGACGGAGAGAACGUGUACU